AUGCGAUAUCACAUACUUCGAUGGAAAUACCGCUCCAUGUUAUUUAUGGGACUUGCGUGUUCCCUUAUAUAUCUGUUGAUGAUCACCAAUCUAGUCGAUCAAGAUCAAGUACAUCAACGUAUUGCUUCAUUGGUAGGAGACGUAGACAUCGCGUUAUACAAGAUGAGAAUUCUUAUGAACAGUACUGAGCAUGUGGAAAUCAAAGUGAGGCAUUGUGAACGUCAUCACAUACAGCACAAAAUAAAGCUUGUCAUCCCAUCGUUCGAUUCCAACGAGACUUUAUUCAUCCAACAUGGAUAUAAUAAAAUACGAGAUGAACGCUUCUUUUCACUUCUAAAACUGAUGGAAACUAGUGGAGACAACCUUGGUGUAAUAGACGACUUGCUGAAGAUGAUACCAAGCACGAAUAAAGAAGACAGAUUUGGCAAUAGCUGUAAGAGGUGCAUCAUAGUCGGAAAUUCUGGAAUCCUUCGGGGAAGACGCCUGGGUUCAGUUAUUGAUAGCUACGACGUAGUUAUGAGAAUGAACAACGCCCCAACCAGUCACUUCAACCUCGAUGUUGGAACCAAAACUUCUUUCCGAUUUAUCUUCCCUGAAUCAGCUUUUUUCGAUGCGAGGGAGUAUAACCUGGACUCUGACGUCGUCUUAGUCGCCCAUAAACGGUCCGACUAUGAAUGGUUAUAUGCCGUAUUGAAAAAGGUACCACUUCAAGGCGGAAGUUUCUGGAAGAAAGUAUCAACAAACUUCCCUAAAUCCCCUGAAAAUGUCAGGUUGCUGCAUCCACAUAUACCAAUAUUAGCCAGGGACCAUCUUCACAUACCCAUUAGAGCGUCAAUGGGAAUCGUAACUCUGGUGUUUGCUCUACACUAUUGUGACCAUGUUGAUAUCGUCGGAUUUGGUCAUGAUCCAAAUAUGCCAUACCACUACUAUUCAACGAGAUUAGUGAAGAAAUCUCCCAUGAUCUACGGUCAUAACUGGGACACCGAAAUAACAUAUUUAAAAAGAUUACUAACAGCGGGUGUGAUUGGAAAUGACUUGACUGGUUUCAUAAAGAGGGAUAACUAG